AUGACCCUGGCCAGGCGUCACCAUGAUCACAGCCGCCGACCCAUCCCAUGUCGGACAUCCCAUGCUUCGCUCCCACCAGCUCUCCCAAUCCUCGCGACGGGGCCUUGUCUCCAUGACAGUGAAGAAAAAACAUUCGCUCUUCUUCUCUUGAUGGACGCGACGGCACCUGCUGAGCCCGCCACGCCAGCCGCCGACGAACCCCCCAGCUCGCCCGAUUCCCCCAGUUCGCCCAGCUCGCCCACGACACCCACGCAAAAGAGCAGCAAUGCUUCGUCUUCCAAGGAGACGCGACCGCGGACGGCCGAGCGCGUCGAGUCGCGCAAGUCGCACGACUUUGCCAAUCCGACGCUGAACGUGAUUCGCAACUUCUCCUCGACAAGCACGUCGGCGAGCCCCCUGCCGUCGAGAGAAGGAACCCCCCCGCCUCUUCCUCCAAGACCUCGACUGCCCUCUCUUGUCUCGCGGCCGUCGACGUCGCACUCCAUCGCACAUUCGAUUGCCCCUUCUAGACCCCAGCUGCUCUCCAAAGCCACCACGCAGCUGUCCUUGGCGAACUCGCAGGCAUGGGGCGCCGAAUUGCCAGUUGACGAUUCAUCUGCCUCUCUUGCCACGAAGCAGCGUCCUUGGUCCGACAUGCACUUCGCGCCGCGGACCGCCGGUGAUGAAGACAGCGCAAGUAUUUGGAGCUAUGCGCCAACCGUAGAUGCGGGAGGCGAGACGGAGAGUAUACUGGGUGAGAGCAUGGCGCAUCACGAAGACAAGUCUGAUCAGGAGAAGUCGUUGUUGCGCUCGCUGGGUCACCGUUUUGUGGAAUCGGAAUCCCAAAGCCUGUUCCCAGCAGACCCAUGGCUCCAGGAAGCCCUCAAGCACGAGUUUGACGAGAUUGAGGAAAUGAAGUCGGACGGGUCGAAUGAAGAAGCCGUCAUGUACGAAUGGCGCGCAAAGCUGAAGCAUUUUCUGAUCCUCUCGAGUGCUGGCAAACCCAUAUACAGCCGACAUGGCGACGAUCAGUUGGUCACGAAUUACAUUGGUGUCGUGCAGACCAUCAUAUCCUUCUACCAGUCUACCAAGGACACGCUGCGAGGCUUUACGGCAGGAGACGUGCGCUUUGUGAUCAUGUCCAAAGGCCCCCUCAAUCUGGUCGCCAUCACGCGGUUGGGAGAGAGUGAUUUACAAUUGCGCGCACAGCUUGAAGCGCUGUACAUGCAGAUCUUGUCCACACUCACCCUUCCCAGCCUGGAACGUAUGUUCGCUGCGCGAGCAAACUACGAUUUACGUCGUCCUCUGCAGGGAACAGAGACACUCCUUUCUGCCCUCGCUGAUGGCUUCACGCGAGGUUCACCAUCGACGCUGCUCUCCGCCCUCGAAUGCCUCAAGCUACGAAAGUCUCAACGCACGACCAUCAACAACACACUGUUAAAGACACGCUCAGAGAACCUUCUCUACGGCCUGAUUGUCGCCUCUGGGAAGCUCGUAUCCGUUGUGCGCCCCAAGAAACAUAGCCUACACCCAGGUGACCUCCACCUGAUCUUCAACAUGCUCUUUGAAGCCGGGAGCGUCAAAGCCGGCGGCGGUGAAAACUGGAUCCCCCUCUGUCUGCCCGGCUUCAACAAUACCGGAUACCUCUACAUGUACGUUAGCUUCCUCAACCUGGAGCGUCCUGCAGCGCCCGUGGUGGAGCGGCCUCGUACGAGUGAGGGGGUAGGCGAUGAGGUGGCUGUGUUGCUGAUCAGCGCGGCCAAGGAGAGCUUUUUUGAGCUCAGGACAAUGAGAGAUGAUUUGGUAGAGACACUGCAGCGCAAUGGCUCCAUCGCCGCCAUCCAAACCGCUGUCAAAAUCGGACGACUGAAAUGCACAGAUAUUGUGCCUGGCACGCCGUUGCGCCACUUUUUGUACAAGAGCAAGGCAAACGUUCAGUUUACUAUGCCAAGUUACUCGCCCUAUUUCGACGACGCUUUGGAGAGACGACGCCUCAUCACCCUCUACAACAAACUCCACUCCACUCUCCACGCCAAACCCUCGCCGCUCAAAAUUCACACAGAGAUUAACACGGCGUGCAUGGCGCUCGCGUGGAGCACCCCGCUGUUUGAACUGUAUGCCGUUGCGCCGGCGAGUGUGAGUCGUGCGGCGUUGGCGGCGAGUGCGAAUAAAGUGGUGCAGUGGGUGAGGCGGGAGGAGGAGAGGGUGUUUAUCAUCGGUGGAGCUGUGUUUUGA